AAGGCCGCCCCUGGCGGCGGGUUUGUUUAUCCCGGGGAAGAAGUUUAGGAGCGGGAGAUAGGGAAGGAGGGCGGGCCGGGGAGGAGGGAUGCGGUUCGGCGGAGGCGGCCGCCACAGGGACUCGCCGCCAUCACCUCAGCCGCCUCAGCCGGAGAGGAGCCGCCGCCGGGGCUGCCCGCCGCCGCCCCGCACGUCCGGUAAAGCACUCAACUGUGUGGGAUAUUGCAUAAAUCUUAGAAGACUGCAAUAAAGUGGCAAUGUCUCGGGAACCCACCCCUCCUCUCUCUGGAGAUAUGUCUGCUGGUCCUAUAGCAGAAAGCUGGUGUUACACACAGGUUAAAGUUGUAAAAUUUUCCUACAUGUGGACCAUUAAUAACUUCAGUUUUUGUCGAGAGGAAAUGGGUGAAGUGUUAAAAAGUUCAACAUUCUCAUCUAGCCCCAGUGACAAAAUGAAAUGGUGCCUGAGGGUAAAUCCAAAGGGAUUAGAUGAUGAAAGUAAAGACUACUUGUCCUUAUAUUUGCUUUUAGUCAGCUGUCCAAAAAGUGAAGUUCGAGCAAAAUUUAAAUUUUCCCUUCUGAACGCUAAAAGGGAAGAAACAAAAGCAAUGGAAAGCCAAAGAGCAUAUCGAUUUGUACAAGGGAAAGACUGGGGUUUUAAAAAAUUCAUUCGAAGGGAUUUUUUGCUUGAUGAAGCUAAUGGUCUUUUACCAGAUGACAAGCUUACAUUAUUUUGUGAGCAUCUCCAGCACUGCUUGCAGAAGAGGAGGAAGCAUUGCACUGGCCUACCUAAAGAACUGCCUCCUCCCCUCCCCUGCAAGUGGUGCUGUAGACAGGUGAGUGUGGUCCAAGAUUCAGUAAAUAUAUCAGGACAUACUAAUACAAAUACUUUAAAGGUGCCUGAAUGUCGACUAGCAGAUGAUUUAGGUAAUCUCUGGGAAAACACAAGAUUUACAGAUUGCAGUUUUUUCGUGAGAGGACAAGAAUUUAAAGCUCAUAAAUCUGUACUUGCAGCUCGAUCCCCAGUUUUUAAUGCAAUGUUUGAACAUGAAAUGGAAGAAAGCAAAAAGAAUCGAGUGGAAAUAAAUGAUGUAGACCCUGAGGUUUUUAAAGAAAUGAUGAGAUUCAUUUACACAGGGAAAGCGCCAAAUCUUGACAAAAUGGCCGACAACUUGUUGGCAGCUGCAGACAAAUAUGCACUGGAACGGCUGAAGGUCAUGUGUGAAGAAGCUUUGUGUAGUAACCUCUCAGUAGAAAAUGUUGCUGAUACCCUUGUCCUUGCAGAUUUGCACAGUGCGGAACAGUUGAAAGCACAAGCCAUAGACUUUAUUAAUAGGUGCAGUGUACUUCGACAGCUUGGGUGUAAAGAUGGGAAAAACUGGAACGGCAACCAAGCAGCAGACAUAAUGGAAACAUCUGGGUGGAAGUCCAUGAUUCAGUCUCACCCACAUUUGGUAGCAGAAGCCUUCCGAGCACUGGCAUCUGCACAGUGUCCACAGUUUGGUAUUCCACGAAAACGGCUAAAACAGUCUUGAAGUCUUCCAUGAACUGUAGAAAAAUGGAAUUGACUUUUACUCCUCCAGGUCCAGAAGGAUUCUAAUACACAAACCAUAAGCAAGAGUUGUUUCUGUUGUCUUGUCCACAGAACAGAAGCUGAAAAAGCAUAUUGCUUGAAUUUCAGGUGGAUAAUUUAUGGUUUAUUCUUCAGCUUUAAAUUAGACUGAUUAUACUCUAAUUCACGUCAAGGCCUUAAAUUAUCUUCAGUGACUUCUCUUGUUCAUAUAUAUACUUUAAUUUUUUUAUUGUGCCUUGUCAUUGUGACCAAGGCUAUGCAGGAUUGCACUAGCUCCAUAAUGCAGUAGUAUUGAUAACUGAAGAUAAUAAGUUUCAAAAGGAUCUUCCAUUAGUUUGAGAAAGGCAAAUGAAUAUUAUAGGGUUUGUCCUAUGCUAUCAAAGUUUAAAACUAGGUUUUCCUUAAAAAAGCACUUGUAUUGGAGAUUACUGGUAACGUCUCCAGUCUAAGUUCUAUAAGUACAGGAGAACCUGCUUACCUUCAAGGUAAGUUAUGGCAAUACACUGCUUCAAUUCUAAUUUAUUUUUCAUUUCAGGGGGCAAAUAUGCAAUGAGUUGGCCCAAAUUUUUAGUGAAAUUUGUAGUGUUUGUAUGUUAUCUGUCCAACAAACUAAGAGAAGCAUAACAAACCUUUGCUUGUGUUUCUUUGUGAGUUUAUCCAAGUUUACAAUGAUUGAGAACUGAUUGAGGUUAAGAUUUCAAUAAGAAGAAAGCAUGUUUUGUGCUGAAUUAAUUAUUUUUAAUUUAUAGUGACCUACAUUUAUAUGAAGAAUUCUGUAAAUGUUAAGAGUAAGGAUGACCAAAUGUAAAUUUAAUGAGUGGGCCAAUUAAGAAGAUAUAUAUGCACUUUUAAUGUGUAACUUUUUUAUACUGAAUGGUACUUUUUUUUUUUGCUUUUGAAAGAAUUGAUAAGGUAUAAUUAAUUGUCUUAACUUUUGAAAGAAUUUUUAAGACAGAUGGAGGCAACUGGGAUGUUUGUGAUAAUAGAUAAGGAAGAUAUUCUCAAUUAUAGUUAAAUUGGUUUGACUUCCAGAUAUUCAUUAUUAAAUUCACGCCUGUUUAUCACAUUUUGGAGAAGGCACCUGACAGUAAAUGAAUCCUGGACAGCCUACUCUACUUCUAAAAGCAAUGAACUGCUAUUAUUUGCAGACUAAAGGAGAGAACCCUUAGAAAUAUGUCAGGCUACACUCUGAAACCAUUUUUCCUCCCUAGCUUUCUCCUUUCUGUCUCAGUUACUGUACCAACAUUGUGGAUGAUAGUGAAAUUCUGCAUAAUGUGAACAGGAUAAACUAUUUAUAAACUGCUUUUCACGGGCCAGUUCUUUAUUAUAAAUGAAUUUCAGCUUUAAACACAUACACAUCUUCAGUUUUUGAUAGCUCUGUUUACAACGGAAGUCUGUUCUGGUGCAUUGGCCUGCUGGAGCAGGAGCAAUCAGUGUCAAGUCACUGCAUCUGAUUCCCUGUGACAGUGGUAGUAUGCUUCUUAGGCAAGAUUUACAUUUGACCACAAGGGAAAAAUUUUUUUCACUGGAAAAAAAAUGCAUAUACCUAUAUAUUUACAUAUAUAACUUUAUUCUCCAGAUUAAAAUUUGUAUAAUUCGUUUAUUUAGUUUUUGAAUUUAGGACAAAAGGAAAAAGAUGAAGCGUGAAGUUUUAAAAUAGAUUUUAUUUUUGUUAUCUGUCUGUUAGGUAUUUACCGAAGCAAUCCUAACAUACCAAGAGUGAUUCAUAUUUACAUUGAACAAACACUGUCAAAUAAUCAUUUGUUAUCCACAUCAAACGAGAGUUCAAAAAGAUCGUAUUUUCAGAUAUCUUCAUUUCUUCCUGUGUAGCUUGAGUCUUUGCUGUGUUAAACUAAAUUUGAAAUUGGAAGACUCCCUUCAGAUAGAAGAAUGAUUCUUACAUAUGAAUGGAUUCCAUCCUAUGUAAGAGUAUUAUAGGGAGCAGAAAUUCACUUCCUUAACUUCACCAUAAGAUUGAGCCCUUUAAAUUUACAAUGUUCAAUUUAAAAAAGAAACCACACACACAUACAUAUACAUUUUUAGAAUUUGAGAUUUUGCCAGGGUCUUAGAAGAAAACAAAAAUUCAUCCCUCAGGCCCUAGAAUUUUGUUGUCAUAUAUUUUAAAAAAUACUGGUAUAUUCAUUUAUGUCAUGCACACAGGCACAUUCUGAAUUAAUUCACUGCUUGGAUCUACAUUUCUAACCAUAAUGACUUCAGUGAUAACACCUAUUAUAAUGAACAUUUCAGCUUACCCUUACUUACAUACUUACUUUAGUGUUUGUUGCAAAUCUGAAGGGUUUUAUUAUAAAGAUUUUUUUUUUUUUUUAGUUUGGUAGCACAUUUUGUACCAAAAACGUCCAACACUGUGCUGUAAGAAUAUCCACAUUUGUAGAAAUGUCCACUUUUCAGAUAAUGUAAAACCUACCAUUAUACUAACAGAAUCAUAUGGUAGUUGAUUUAUUUUUUUUAUUUAUUAUGUAUAUUUUUGGUAUUGUGGGUUCUUGAGAGACAAUGAUACAAAACUGUUAAUGUAUUCUGACGUGAGUGCUCUAAUAGCCUUUUUCUUUUC